AAUUUUUGUUUGAAUACUUUCAUGAAACAUAAAUAUCCAGACGGUCUUCAUAUUGCAUUCAUUUACUCAUUAGGAGCAGUCUAGUAAGUGGUCAAUUUUCCUAAAGCGAAAAAAGCGUUUCAAAAUGGAUGAUGGCUCUAAUAUUUCGCGUUUUGAAAGUAGAAGAAGAAAAAGGCAGACAAGGAAUCGACGCGCUCGCGAAGAAAGGGAGAACGAAAGGGAGAGAGAAAGGGAAAGAGAACGGGAGAGAGAAAGGGAGAGACGAAGGCAACAACGCUUUAUUGAACAGCAACGAAGAAGAGGAAUGGAAGAACGUCUGCGUGAAGAAAGAAGAAGGUUUGAGGUACACAGACGUGAGCUGCGACGCCAUUUGAUUGAUGAGGCAAAGAAGCAGCAAGAACUGCUACAGAAGAAGAUGAUAUUGGAGGACCUGCAGAGGGAAGAGCUGAAGAAACAGCAGACGGAACAGCAAGAGAAACAACAGGAGGAGCAACAGGAGAAACCGCAGGAGGAUCAACAGGAGAAACAGCAGGAGGAGCAACAGGAGAAACAGCAGGAGGAGCAACAGGAGAAACAACAGGAGGAGCAACAGGAGAAACAGCAGGAGGAGCAACAGAAAAAACAGCAGGAGGAGCAACAGGAGAAACAACAGGAGAAACAGCAGGAGGAGCAACAGGAGAAACAGCAGGAGGAGCAACAGGAGAAACAGCAGGAGGAGCAACAGGAGAAACAGCAGGAGGAACAACAAGAGGAAGUGCAGGAAAAACCAAAGGAGGAUCAACAGGAGAAAGAAGAGCCGAAAUUGGAGGAGAAAAAUGACGAAGAAAACAAGGAAAACUAAUGAAUUUGAUCAAUUUGAUUGCUUGUUACAUCACAUACUCUGUUAUUAUAAAGUAUGUAACAAAAUUGAUUAAAUAAAUAAAAAUAUCA